AUGUGUUUGCUGCUCGCAUCAUCGAUCCUUGCACAAAUCUUAUACUUUCAAUCGUCGCUUCACAAAUUAUCCCAGUUCGAUCAUCUUGCAGGUCUUGACGGGUCUAUAAUCACCAAUAACCACCACCAGAAUGAUCACUCUAAUACCCCAGGGUUAUCGCUAGCUUCUAGUGACUUAUCGCAGCAGCAGCCCUUAUCAUCGACGCUAUAUUCUUCCAAUAACAUUUCUUCUUCUUCUGAUGUUUUUAAUAACCCCAAUCUACUAAAUCCAUUGCAUAUUCACAACAUAGAUACCAAUAAUCAUUAUCAAAACCAACAUAUUGCCGUUUUCAUCUCAUCUUCACCAUCAGUAUCAUCGAAUAGUCAAUCAUCGAUAGCAGCGUCGUCGACAUCAUCAUCUACAGUCUAUCCAAGUAUGGAUCCCAGCUGGUAUGGCUGUGAAGCCCGGUGCAAGUACGAUUAUUGCAAUGAGUUUGUCGAUUGCAGUUAUAAUUGUCGAAGUGUGGUGUUUGAUAGCUAUGCCCCCACUACAUGUCGAGUCGAAGGAGUAUGCGAGUGCAUCAGUGAACGAUGA